UUUCUAUAAGUCUAUGGUUGUAUCAUAGAACAAUAAUGGUAGUACUACGUUUACAUGGCGAAGUUAAAACGGUUUUAAAUCAACGGAUAAUAAAUUUGUUACUCUUAGAUAAAAUAACUCAAACUAUCAGUAAGAAAGCGAGUAUCUAUGGAUUUAAGAACGUCUUAACGUCACCGUAGACGCAGUAAUUAAGUGUUCAUCAACGCUGUUAUCAUAAUAUCAAUAUUGGAAUAACGUCUAUAAUUAAUUUAAUCGUGGAUUACUCAUGGCUCACGAUCUUAAUCACGUUCAUAUUAUAGUUUAUAAUCGUGAAAUGGCUGCAGCUGCACUUCUGUAGUUCUAUUAAUGCAUAGUUCUUUCUCAGUGACUCAUUUUUCAUUAUCUAUAUUCCGAUAUUCUAUUCGUGAUUUCAGUUAACGUGUGAGAUGACAUAUUAUUGCAGUUUAUUAAUUUUGCUGUUCUAAAUUGUCAUCGAAUAUUGUUGUCACUUGUACUAAGCAAUUUGAAAAAAAUGUCAACCUACCAGGACUUUGGCCUAGCUAAACAAAAAUUAAAUGAUAUAUUUCUUGGUAUACUAAACUACGGGGCCAGAGCAGCUGAACAUCUAAACGGUUUGAGUAGGAUAUGUCCGUAUGUGAUCGAUGGAAAUGAAUUAAACCUUUUAUUGGAUUAUGAAUCUCAAGUCGAAGCAAUUUAUGAAGUGUUCACACAUGCUCAUAUGAAAGUUGCUGUUUUUGGCAGAACAAGCAGUGGAAAGAGUACAGUUGUAAAUGCAAUGUUGAGAGAAAAUGUCCUCCCAAGUGGUAUUGGUCAUACAACUAAUGGUUUUCUGCAAGUUGAAGGAUCUCCUACUGGUUAUGCAUAUUUAAGUACUGAAGGUAUAUUACCUAUACAAUAUAAUGUAGAAUCUGCUACUUAUUUGGCACACGUAUUGAAAAACAUUAUUAAACCAAAUAAAAAAAAAUUGGUACAUGUGUAUUGGCCAAAAGAAAACUGUAGAUUAUUAAAAGAUGAUGUAGCAUUAGUUGACUCUCCAGGAAUAGAUACUACACCAUGUUUGGAUGAGUGGAUUGAUGGUCAUUGCAUUAAUGCUGAUGCUUUUGUGCUAGUUGUUAAUGCUGAAUCCACAUUAAUGGAUACUGAGAUGAAUUUUCUUCAUAAAGUUUCAAAAAAAUUACCAAACACAAAUAUAUUUAUAUUGAUUAACUGCCCGGAUGAAUCCGAGUUAUUUGACCAGGAACGUAAACAAAAAAUGAAGAAAAAUAUAGAUUUGCUGGAGAAGAAAUUGAAAGAAUAUACACCUCAUGAGCCAUAUUCUCAAACGUUUUUAAUUUCAGCUAAGGAAGUCUUAGAAUUCCGUGUAAAAGUACGCAGAGGACUACAGCCAAUUAUCAAACCAUUUAGUAAGAGAUAUUUGGAGUUUCUAGAUUUUGAAAGGCAAUUAGAGGAUUGUAUCUCAAGAUCGGCACUGUUAAAGUUUUUUAACUAUUCAAUGCAUGGGAAAUAUUUACUUUCAGAAAUGAAUACAAUUAUGGAUAUAAUUAACAUCAGAAUUCAAGAACAAACACAUUUCAGCAUGAGUCAGAUAAAUGAAAUUCAAGAUAAAUGUAAUGUUACUGAAGAACAAUUUGAAAAUAUAACAAAUCAAAAUUCACCAAUCACUGCUGCUGAUUAUUCAUUCAGUAGCUUUGAUUCCUUGGCUGUGGAACCAAAUUUACCUUCGAUAUCUCGUGUUUCAUCUAGGGAUGCAGGAACUCAAGGUUCAGUCUUAGGAGGAAUAGUUUUAGCAGGAUUUAUAUUUAAAACAAUUGGAUGGAGUUCGGUGAUAGCAGCUGGUGCUAUUUAUAGUGGUGUUUGUCUAUAUGAGUAUUUAUCCUGGACAACAAAAGCAAAAGAACGAUUAUUAAAAAAGCAAUAUAUUGAACAUGCGACUAGCAAACUUCAAUUGAGUGUUGGUAUCACAUCUGGAAAUUAUAGUCAACAAGUACAGCAGGAACUUUCUACCACUUUUGCGCAAUCGGACCAAUUAUUUGAUGAAUUCGCUAUUAAUCUCAAUGGAGAAAUAAAAAAUGUGGAGUCCGAACCCAACAUAUUAACUAACUUACCUGAAACUGCAAUGGUUUUUAUAAACGAUGAAGUGUAUUGGUUGAAUGAAGAUUUUAUUCAGUUUCACAGUUUUUUGAUGGACAGAAUAUAAUUUUUUUGAUUAAGAAAUAAGUCAAAAUACAAAAUAACUCGUA